AUGAAUUUAUUUCAACAAAGAUUACAACAGUAUAAAUAUAUGGAAUUAUCUAAAAAACAACAAUUAGCUGAUUUACAAAUUAAAAUUCCUGAUAUUGAAAAAAAUUUAUCAAUAAUUAAAUUGAUUAAUGAAAAAAAAGAAAAUAAUCAACAUGAAUUAAUUACAAAUUAUGAAUUAAAUGAUACUUUAUAUAAUAAAGCUGAAAUAAAUAUUGAAAAUCUAGAUUCUGUUUAUUUAUGGCUUGGUGCUGAAGUUAUGUUGGAAUAUAAAUUAGAUGAAGCUGUUGAAUUACUUAAUGAAAGAUUGAAGAAAAACCAAGAUCAAUUAAAUAUUGUUACUGAAGAUUUGGAAUUUUUAAAAGAAAACAUCACUACUAUGGAAGUCAAUACUGCAAGAUUAUAUAAUUGGGAUGUUGAAAGAAGAAAGAAAAUGAAAGCCUAG